UUGAGUUUUUCCAAAGUUGUUUUAUUUUGAAAUACAAAUUGGCCGGAAACGGUGUUUAAUUGCAGGUAGCAGGUCCUGUCGGUCCCUCUCGGACGAGGAAGUGUCGGCGACGUUGAUGUGGUCUCUUUAGGACAACGCCGUGUGGGGGAAAAACGAGGUCUGGGGCCGUUUAGGGAAAGCAGCCAUGAAGCUUCGACUCCACUUCGUGGUGGAUCCGAUGGGCUGGCUGUGCAUCAGCGUCAUCUUCGGGAUCUGGCUCUACAACACCUUCUUUGUCCCCAAACUGGUCCUGCUCCCRCACUACAACGAGGGCCACAUCCCCUGGGUCCUGGUUGUCUAGAGAGAACACUGGGAGUUGUGCAACAAGUGCAACUUAAUGAGGCCUAAACGGUCGCACCACUGCAGUCGAUGUGGUCACUGUGUGCGCAGGAUGGACCACCACUGCCCGUGGAUAAAUAACUGUGUGGGAGAAGACAAUCACUGGCUCUUCCUGCAGCUGUGUUUUUACACUCAGAUCCUCAGUUUAUUCACGCUGGUGCUGGACUUCUGUCAGUACUACUACUUCCAGCCGCUGACGAGGCUGGAUCAGGACAAGUUCACGACUCGUCACGAACUGGCUCUGCUGCGGGUCUCGGCGCUGACGGGCGUGGUCAUGUUCGCUGGGAUGACCAGCUUGUUUCACACGCAGCUGACAGGAAUCCUGACCGAUCAGACUACUAUUGAGAAAAUGUCUCAGUUCACAAAUGAAAUACACACACACACACACACACACACACACACACACACACACACACACACACACAAAUAAAUCCAUCCACUCACCCUCCUCCACCGUGGCUUCGGUUUGUCAGCAGAUCUAAAGUUUUAAGUUAACCCUGACUUAAGCUCCGCUUUUAUUUUGAAAUGAUGUUUAAAAAAAUCCUGUUCUAGUCACUGUGACGGCUGCUUCGAAGAAAACCACUUUUAAUAAAUUCUCCUAUCAUUAGGAUGGAAGGGACCCCUCUCAGGUUACAAUCCAACACUGCUUUUAAUCAUCCACAAACAGAACAAAGAGGUUUGAUUUUUUUUGUAUUAAGUUGGUGCCUUUUUAGUUUUUUUAUUAUUAUUUUUUAUUUAUCACGUUUUGGAAAUGGUUGAGAUGUUUCUAUUUGUCUUUUUGAUGGUGCGUGGUUAUUAUUUUUUAAAGAUCUGUGAAUGUUUUCUUGUUUAUCUAUGAUUUUGUGUUUUUGAAGCAUGAACACAAGUAAAUCUUGACGGUACGUUUCGUCGUUCUUCCCGCUGUAGAGCCGGACGGUCCGAUCGAAACGGGACGUUUCGUUAAAACUGAAGCCUCUCUGCUGCUGAAUAAAAUGUAAGAAUAAGUAAAAAAUUUUACACAAAGCUCGACGAAAGACAGCAAAUAAAUGUAUUCGCCACGAUAUCGACCCUUUUUUAUUUUCUGUUGUGUCAGCCGUAGCACUUACAGCACGAGGAGCCAGCACAGUUUAGAUUUUGCAUUAUUAUUUUAUGAUGUAAUUUGUGAUUUAAAUAAAAUAUAUAUUUUAGUGCUCCAGCUUGUUAAGUCCUAAAUAUGUCAGACUUUAUAAAUUUAUAUCUAAUAGGAAAACUUGCAGCUUAAUCUACUUGUUGCACCAAGCUGUUUGUUCAGGUAUGAAGGAUGUAUUUGGCAGAUUUUCUGUUUCAUAAUUAGUCAAAUGUUUUAAAUCACUGGCUGCGGUAGCGGUUUAGCAGUGUCUUGCUGAAAAAUGCAAAGCUUUCUCUGGAAAGGACACCGUCCGGAUGGGAACAUAUAUAUUUGCAUAAACUUUUCUGUAUCCAUGGCGCCGUUCCAGURGGGUAAACUGCUGAUGCAAUAAGCAGCAAUGUACCCCUAUACCAUCAGAGAGGCAGGCUUUUGAACUGAACUCUAGUAAUAGGCUGUAUGAUUCAUCUCCUCUUCAAAAUAUUACAAUUUGAACGGUAAAACAGUUUUCUACAUUGCGUCUGUAACAUUUUUAAUGCGCUCUGGCUCGGACAAAAAUAGUAACAUCUCUAGAUGUUUUUCACAUACGGCUUCUUCUUUGCAUGAUAGAGCUUUAAUCAGAUUAUGUGGAAUCUUUGUGCUCAGAUUCUUGAAAUAUUUUGAUAUGAACUGUAGCUGAAGGKUUAUUUAAACCAAGUCUUUACAGUUUUCUGUUUUUUUAGACGUAAUUUUUCACAGACUGGUGAACCUCUGCCCGUUUUUACUUCWAACGUUCAGCCAUUAUAAAAGGCUCUUUUUAAACCCAGUCCUCUUUACACACCUGUUGCCAGUUAACCUGAAUAAUUACGUUAGCUGUUAGUUUUACUUUUGCUGCCCUCGUCCCAAAAUUUUGCUUCUAUCAAAUUCAAAAUAACUGUGUUUCCACCACAUUUUAGACAAAAUUAGUUUCCGCAUUUUUUAUGUUUACGAAGUACCAUUGUGAUUGAAAUAUUUUAUUUCAAAUCAGGGUUGUAUAUUGAAAAUAAUUACCUUUUUGCAUCUUUAAAUGCCAUUGGAGGUUGUAAUCUUGCGAUUUAGCACUAAAAUGCUACAAAUUAUUAUUAUUAUUUUUAUUUUCUGCAGGUUAUGCAGAAUCACAGUUCACUCUGAACAAACAGCUCGGUGCAACAAUAAAAAAUGUAUUCAUAACAGUUUGCCGUAUCUCUGUCAGAACUAUUUAGAGCUUUUCAUUAUGGACUUAUUUAGCCAUAUAUAGUAAUAAUAAUAAUAAUAAUAACUGACUCCACAACACUUGGUAAUCUCUUAGCUGUGUAUGUUAAACAAAGCUUAUCAUUUGUGGAUGAAUAUUACAAUAUGUAAGUAGUUUAAGUGCCUGUUCAGGUCACCUCUUUUUAUUUUCGUAACUGUCAUCACUGUAAACUCCUUACCAACCAAAGACCUGGGGAAAWGUUGCAAUAGUUAGCGAACAUUCAAUAAACGCAUGUUUCACCAAGUUUCUGAAGGAAGUGGUUGAAUAUUAUGCACUGAGUUCUMUGUUAGCACACAGUCUGUUUUACUGCGAAGACUUGUGUUCUUUUAAAAAUACUGAUUUAUUCAGGUUGUUUGCGUUCGCAUGACUUUGUUUGAUUUUUAUUGUUUUAAUUUUUUACAUGUUUUGUUAUGCAAUGUGGGGGGGUGGGUWUGUGCGAUUGGUUCCAUUUCUAAUUUAUUUUUCAUGAUUUUUAAGAGCAAUAAACAUCGUUUGUUGUAGAAGACGUGUUUGUGGUUGAAAUUUGUUUACAUUGUUAUGUUUACAAGUUAGUGGAUCCAGUGUCACAAAACACUCUUUGAAAAGUGAUUUGUCCGACCUUUAAGCCUGGCUGCCSAGAUUAUCUCCACACGUCACCACCUUCACAUUGCUGGAAACUGUAGAKGCUACUAUUUCCAUGAGGCAGCUAACCUGAGGUUCCCCAGGGCUGUGAGUUUGGAUUCCUGUCUUUUCUUUUCUUUGGGCCAAGCUGUAUUUUCUUUGAAACUAUGGGAUUUUAUGUUUUUAUCAAUAAGUUAAUUUCUAUGAUGAGUGGAAAUGUUAUGUUGCAAAUUGUAAUUAUCAAAACUGUAUUCAUAUUUGAAUAAAUGACAUUCUGAAUAAGGUG